CAACGUUCAUUCGGCGUUCUUGAGGAAGAAAGUAGUCGUUGCUGAAAAGAAAUACUUCAUUUCAUUUUCAUUAGUGUAGUUUUAAUUACUGCGAUUCGUUUAACGAAUCGCUUGUGUUUUUCACUGCAUCUGUGUACGUUUUCGUGUUAUAAAUACGAAGGUCGCCAUUACCUGGCUCAAGUGAUUCUUUUAAUUUGUAAUCGAAGAUUCCGUUGUUCGUUGUUCAACAGUUUCAUAAAUUGAUUGAAAAAUUUCAGUGAAACGAAGCUCUUGAUUGUGUCUGAUAAUAGUGUUCAACAAAUGUUAUUCAUCAAACCUUUCUUUGAGAUUUUUCUACAUUAAAUGGAAAUUUGAAAACCGUUUUGUUCCACCAUUAUAGGAAAAGGAAACACAAGUGUCCGACUUUCGUUCCAUCGACGAACUAAGCGAGAAGAAAGAAAAUUUCUAUCAGAAUGUCUGAAACCGGUUGCAGUUCGUCAGAUUCGUUCGAACUAGGCGCAAAUGAUACAUUUAACACUCCCGAUCAAGAACAACAAUCGUCAACAGAGAAGAAGUCGAUUGAAGAACUGAUUGACAAGUUGAAGAGCUUCCACGUGAAAACACCUAAGCAUCCAAAUACACCGGUAACUACCCCGGUGAAGGGUUAUUCGUUCAAGAAACAGAAAGGAGACCAGACAUCGCCCGGUCGCGAUGAGAAUGAGAAAUCACCUGAGGGGAAUAUCGCCAAGUUAAAGAGAGCCUUGGAAAGACGCUUCAACUUUCGAUUUCUGACCCCGGUCAGGAGUCCGAUUCCCAGAAGACACAGCAUAGACGACAAAACCCUGAAGGUGACGUUGGCCAAAGAACACCAACGUCUCCUCUCCGUAGAUCUACCGGACGCCAAUGAAUCUCAGUCCGAAGAAAGACCUGCGAUCAGUCCAAUAUUCGACAGAUCCUUGAAUAAACUUCGCAAGGACCUGUCGGACAGUUUCAUCCAAGCAACAGUAGGAUCUACCUGCGAGGAAGUAAAUAGUUCGUCAGAAUGUGAGCUUCGAAAUGACGAUUUGUCCGUGUUGAAUCGCAGUCUGUGCGAAGUGUCCGAGGUGUUCUAUGCGUUAUUGCAGGUGAACAAAGCCGGGAACAAUGAUAGAAGAAUGAUGUAUCAGAAGCAGAAUCCAGAAACAGCUGAGAAACAGGAUGUACUAGGUAAAGACAUCUUCAGGGAGGCUAUAGACGUCAGUUUUGGAGAUAUUCUAAGCCCUGAACAAAAGGAGAUGGUUUAUCAUAGUUAUAUGUACAUUUAUCCUCGUGCACAGCAUUAUGUUUCUACAAAAGAGAUCCGGCUGGUUGGUGACGAAGGGAGGGGCAGUUUGAAGACUCCUGAACCCAACAACAACGUCAGUCAAGGUAGCCAGGAGAAAGCGAAGGAAAAAUUGAAGGAAUCAGAUGUCAGAAUCACACAGGAUUUAGCUAAAAGAGCUAAGGAAAAGGGUGUAGAAGAGUUCGAUCGAAUGUUCACCUCUGCGGAUGUUGAUUCCAAUGAAAGCAGAGAGAUGAUGAUCGAAGAUGAAUCAGAUAAACGCAGGUCGGUCAGUUUAUGCGAACCUCGCGUUCAGUCUCUGAAAAACGACAGUUCUAUUAAGAGGAAGAGUUUCUCGGAGUCUGACGUCUCUGCAGCGAGUGUCGCGAUAGCAAAUGAGGACGAUUCGUUGUCCGAGAACUACAUCAAGAAGUUAGACAAGUCCAAGUCUCUGAUGGACGAGAUAGUGAGCAGUUGUUUCAAGUCGUCGGGCGACAACGAACCGACGAACAAGCUUUCUACGAAGCAGCUUAAAUACAGUCAGAGCAGUGUUCUUUCCGGUAAAUGUUCGUCGCUUAAUUCGACCACGUACUUCAGUCUUGAAAACCCUACACUGAUGUCUUCUCAGUCCUAUAAUUCUGCACAUCUCUGCUUGGCGAAGGACGAGUGCGAUUCCAAUCUCUCCAACAUAGAUUCUCAGAGCUUGAUCGGGAUGAAAAAUCUCUCCUCCGAUGAUCUUGAGAAUUAUUCCUGCGAGUCGAUGAAUUCUGAUCAGUCGCUUGUUUCCAGCGCCAUGAGUAAAACGAAUGACGAAUCCGAGCCCGAUUCGUUUAACGGCGACAAUAGGGCGAAUUCCAGUUAUUGUUCGACAAAUUCGAAUUUCUUCAACGUGUCCUUAAACAAUACUCGAGAAUCCGAGGUCAGUUUCAAUGAAUCCACUCGCGAGGACACUUCGGUGUCGAAGAAGGAGGAGUCGUCUGAUAGCGACGGAAGCGAGGGAAGCGACGAUGUUUUCGAAGAUGACAAUUCGGAUACUAGUUUGAACAAAUUUCACUCGUUCCUGAAGAAGAUGGUCUCCAGAGACGCGAGGUACUCGCAGCAACGUGUGAAGGUCUCUGAUGUAUCGCCUCGUAAAGAUGUACCUUCUCCGUUGAUAAAGUUAACUAAUCUGAAGAAAGGGGAUAAGCUUCCGGAAGUGGCUGGUAGAGUUAAGCCAGAUGUACUCUUUCCGCCGUCGCACAAACUGACAGUGGCAGAGGUGUUCGAUUCGCAGACGAAUCGACCGCGACCGGAAGUGCUGAAGCAACACUUUAUCCUCGAGGGUAGGAUCGACGAGGCGGCAGCCCUUCGUAUAGUGAACGAUGGAGCGGCCCUAUUGCGUUCGGAGAAGACUAUGAUCGACAUCGAGGCUCCAGUCACCGUGUGCGGCGAUAUUCACGGCCAGUUCUAUGACCUGAUGAAGUUAUUCGAGGUGGGUGGUCCACCCUCCUCCACAAAGUAUCUCUUUCUCGGCGAUUACGUGGACAGGGGUUAUUUCAGUAUCGAGUGCGUGUUGUACCUGUGGGCACUUAAACUGUGCCAUCCAAACACACUGUUCCUCCUCAGAGGGAACCACGAGUGCCGUCAUCUCACGGAAUAUUUCACAUUUAAGCAAGAAUGUAAAAUAAAAUACUCGGAGAGGGUGUACGACGCAUGUAUGGACGCGUUCGACUGUCUGCCGCUCGCGGCCCUCAUGAACCAACAGUUCCUCUGCGUGCACGGUGGAUUGUCGCCGGAAAUUCACAAUCUAGAAGACAUACGCAAAUUGGAUAGGUUCAAAGAGCCGCCGGCGUUCGGGCCGAUGUGCGACCUCCUCUGGUCGGAUCCUCUCGAGGACUUCGGGAACGAGAAGAACGCGGAACACUUCUCGCACAACAGCGUCAGGGGAUGUUCGUACUUUUACAGUUACGCGGCUUGCUGCGAUUUCCUGCAGAACAACAACCUCCUGAGCAUCAUAAGGGCACACGAGGCACAGGACGCGGGUUAUCGUAUGUACCGGAAAUCUCAGACGACGGGCUUCCCAUCGUUAAUUACAAUUUUCAGCGCGCCCAACUACCUCGACGUUUACAACAACAAGGCAGCAGUGUUGAAGUAUGAGAAUAACGUAAUGAACAUCAGGCAGUUCAAUUGUUCACCACAUCCAUACUGGUUGCCCAAUUUCAUGGAUGUUUUCACGUGGUCCUUGCCAUUUGUAGGCGAAAAGGUGACGGAAAUGCUAGUUAACGUGCUAAACAUCUGCUCGGACGACGAGCUGAUGAGCGACGGCGACGACGGGCUCGAAGAAGUCGCAGCCAAAGUCGUUGUCCAAAAAAAGAACGCCUCGCAACCCCUGACAUCCUCAAAUAUAAUUCGCGAAUGCUUAGGAAAGCGGAAACAAGACGACACAGGAACGAUAUUUUCACGUGCAGCAGCCAAUCUACGCAAGGAGGUAAUCAGAAACAAGAUCAGAGCCAUUGGAAAGAUGGCGCGUGUCUUCUCUGUCUUAAGGGAGGAGAGCGAAAGUGUCCUGCAGCUGAAGGGGCUGACUCCUACUGGAGCUUUACCACUUGGCGCGUUAUCUGGUGGCAAAACGUCCCUAAAAAACGCUCUCCAAGGAUUCUCGCCGAACCACAAAAUCACCUCGUUCGCCGAAGCAAAGGGUCUGGACGCUAUAAACGAAAGGAUGCCGCCAAGAAAGGACGCUCCACCGACGCCGGUAAACGAGGAGAAGCCCGUGAUAAAGCCGUCAACUCCUGCGGGAGACAAGCGAGACCACAACACACCGCAACCGCAAUCGUGAGCCUCACACUCGUCCAAUCAAGCUGGAAGAUUAAAAGAAUGGAGAGGAAGGCGGAGGCUGAUGCGAGAUGAAAAAGCUGCUGACGCGUUGGAAACACAAAUUAGUGUAUCGUCGUGCACGACCGGUCUCUCCGCUCCCUGUCGCUGCUACUAUAAACUCGUCGAGUGUCCGACAAACUUCCUAACAUUCAUCAAACUUUGAACGAUAUUGUCUUCGUGGUAACUGUUCGCCGCUCAAUGGAAUUACAGGCAGAGUAGUUGCGGCCGUUUAUUGUCAGACCUCGGCCUACUGAACGCGGCCAGAAACGCUUGACGGCCAUUAACAGCUUGAUAAUUCGUGAAACUCGAUCGUUGCAAUGAAAGGAUUACAUAAAUGGUGUUAUUAAAAAAAUUAAUAUCAAUCAUCAA